AUGUGUGGUAUUCUUGGAGUCGUGUUGGCCAAUCAGAAGGCUAAUGUUGCCCCAGAACUCUUUGAAGGUGCUAUGUUCUUACAGCACAGAGGCCAGGACGCCGCUGGAAUCGUCACUUGUGGUGCUAGAGGCAGAUUCUACCAGUGCAAGGGUAACGGAAUGGCUAGAGACGUUUUCACCCAGUCAAGAAUGGCCAAUUUGGUCGGAAACAUGGGUAUCACUCACUUGAGAUACCCCACCGCCGGAUCUUCUGCUGGAAGUGAAGCUCAGCCAUUUUAUGUCAACUCGCCAUACGGUAUCACCAUGUCACACAAUGGAAACUUGGUGAACUCUGCAGAGUUGCGUGAGUUUUUGGAUGAAAACGUCCAUCGUCACAUCAACACCGACUCUGACUCGGAACUUUUGCUUAACGUGUUUGCUUCCGAAUUGGAUAAGUUCAACAAGUCGCGUGUUAACAACCUGGACGUCUUCUCUGCUUUGGAGAGCACCAUGGAGACCAUUCGUGGUGCAUACGCUGUUGUGGCCAUGCUUGCAGGUUAUGGUUUGAUUGGUUUCAGAGAUCCCAACGGAAUCAGACCUUUGUUGUUUGGUGAGAGAGUGCACGAGGAUGGCACCAAGGACUACAUGCUUGCAUCGGAGUCGGUGGUGUUGAAGGCACACGGCUACGACAAGUUUAGAGACAUCGGUCCUGGAGAAGCUGUGAUCAUUCCAAAGGACUGUUUUGGUGAGACUACCUCCGAGCCCGAGUUUAGACAGGUGGUGGAGCCUAAGAUUUUCUCGCCAGACAUCUUUGAAUACGUUUACUUCGCCAGACCUGAUUCGGUGUUGGAUGGUGUCAGUGUGUACCGCUCCCGUAUCGAGAUGGGUAACAAGUUGGCAGCUAAGAUCAAGAAAUCGUUCCCUAACCGCGAUGUCUUGGGCGAGAUCGAUGUUGUCAUCCCUGUUCCAGACACCUCCAGAACUUCAGCCUUGCAGUGUUCUGUGUCGUUGAAUGUUCCUUACAGAGAAGGUUUCGUCAAGAACAGAUACAUUGGUAGAACGUUUAUCAUGCCAAACCAGCAGGAGAGACGCUCCAGUGUGAGAAGAAAGUUGAACGCCAUGGAGUCAGAAUUCAAGGGCAGAAACGUUUUGUUGGUGGACGACUCCAUUGUGCGUGGUACCACUUCCAAGGAGAUUGUGGCCAUGGCCAAGGAGGCUGGAGCCAAGAAGGUGUUCUUUGCCUCGUGUGCUCCACCAAUCAGAUUCAACCACAUCUAUGGUAUUGACUUGGCUGACACCAAGGCACUUGUUGGCUUCAACAGAACCGAGGAGCAGAUCGCCGACGUGAUUGGCGCAGACAAGGUAUUUUAUCAGGACUUGGAGGAUUUGGUUGAGUGUUGUAGUGGACCUGUUGCUCACGAGUUUGAGGUGGGUGUGUUCACCGGUAAGUACAUCACUGGUAUUGAGGACAACUAUAUCCAAGAGUUGGAGAAGAUCAGAGCACAGAACCAGAGAAUCAAGGAGUUUGGGGCUAAGGGCUUGAGUGUGGAUGCCUGUAUUGAUUCGUCUGAUUUCUUGGAUGUUAAGGCUGAAGUGGAUAUUUCCAUCUACAAUACUGGAGAUUAUAACCCUUGA